AUGACGGAUGGAGAGCUCCUCAAAAACAUUGACAGCCUCCUUUUUCAGUGUGCGCUUCAAACAAGAGAAGUUUCUCAGAAGAAAAAUGAAAUCAACCAACAAAUUGAAGUUUACAGAAAUUAUAUUGCUAAGGCAAAGUCUACGAUUGAAACAACUAAAACAAGUAUCAAGAGCCUUGAGGAGGAGAUUAAGACAAAACAAAACACUUUGGCCCAAAAUGAAGCUGUUUCUAAAAGUAUGAAAACUACGAGCACCCUGGUCCUGCAUUAUGAUCAAACCCUGAGGACUGAACUGGAGAACAGGAGAGCCAUGUACAACAGAGACAAGGAAGAGUAUGAAAAGAGGAUUGCAAGCUACAAAUCGACCCUCCAGUCAUACAAAGAAUAUUAUUACAAAAAUCCUCUUGCCCAAAAACUCCUGGGGCUGCAGGCGGAGAACAGAGAGAUCGAAACAAACAUCAAGUGCUAUGAUGAUUUAUUAGCAUUAAAGCAAAGCGAGCUGGACAAUCUGACAGUGGUCAAUACCUCUUCCCCAGAAAAAUCCUUGGAAAGUGAGAAACUUGAAAAUGAACUAGAAACAGAGCCAGCUGAAGACGCUAGCCCCGUUUCACCACAGUCAGAGGAACAUCCAAUUUUAGCUGAGAAGGCCUCUGGAGGACAUGUUGAAGAAGAGCAGAGUGCCUCCACUGCCUGUCUUCCUGCAGAGCUGACAGCCACCAUGGACUCUCAGCAGAUGGAUGAACAUCAAGAGGAAGCAGAGACUGGCAUUUCAGAGACCGGCCCACACAGUCCAGCUCUUCUGUUGUUACAGGAAAAAAAUGCUGCACAAGAAAAUCAGGAAAUUGAGCUGGCAAUGGAGUUUGAAAUGGAUGAGGGUCCAGAAGAGGAGCAAGCGGCAAACCAAGAGGAAGAUGAAACUAUGACUUCUUUGAGUCAAACAUCCUCACAAGGAGCAAACCAAACAAACACUUCCCCCACUAGAACUAAACCUGACCCUGCAACCCCAACUUUCCCAUUUACGUUUAGCCCGAGCCAAUCACCACAGAUCUCGGAUACAAGCAAAUCCCCUGCUUUUCCUUUCAAUAUUCACUCCGAACCAAGCACUCCAGGGUUUUUUGGCUUCGGGGCACAGGAUGAGGACCCAGCGUCACCAUUCUCAAGUUCUUUUUUUGAAGAGAAGAAAACUGCAGAGUCUAAGUCCUCCAUGGAAUUCCUUUUUAACCAACCUGAGCCAAGUGAGGACUUCCAGUUUGCCUUCAACACCAAGAGCCCUGAGAGUGGAGGCCGCAGCAAAGAUAAAGCCAAGGGAGACUUUCCAUUUUCAUUUAACUUUUAA